AGCCCAAUCCCAUCAAUCUCAUCUGCAUACAACCGAGGAAAUGGCUCUCUCAACCGUUAGUCGCAAUGAAACAGCUGCUUUCCACUUUUCUCAGAGAGCUCUGCUGAAGGUCAGGCACACAGCCGGGAGAGAAGAGAUGUCGCCAAUUGCAGCUCAUGGAUGUCUUUCCAGUUUGAGAUUCCCGAUUCUCUGGUCAAAAAAGCUCGGAAACAAGAGCUUGGCGAUUUGACGUCGAUCUCGAAAAUCGACUUCUCCAAAUUUGCUUGUAGCUGCCUUUCCAUGGCCCUUGGUGGCGAGCUUAACCUUCGGCCAAAUGGCUACAAAGGAGCUGAUGGAGUCGGACAAAUCCCGGGCUACGUCCCAGGAGUGUCCUCAAUAUCAACUCCCCACUCCCUCGAUGAUCACCUAGCUCGCUGGAUGCCAGAUGGGACCAGCUUGCGACCAGGUUCCCCGUCAGACUCGGGUCUGCUUUCGCGGGGACAAUCAUCAAGCAACCGGGCCAAGCAGAGGGCGCGAACCAGCCAUCCGGGGUCCACAGUGACAUAAAUGGUUCCCCUCCUCCCAAGAACGGAUACACUUCCUCCUGGUCGACCGAUCGCAGGAGGACGCCGUCAGAGCGGAACCGCAAGUUGCGAAAUGAGGGGAGACACCGAGAAAGAUGGAGAAGCCAUGACCCACGAAGGAAAAGGGCGAGUAUAAAGACAAUCACUUGUUUUCCAGGCCUCCGGCAGUUGGAACUCCAAAGGCGCAGCACCAUCCGCCGCAGAAUAGCCCGAGUCUCCAUCAGAAACCUGCAAUAAGAGCUCUGUCUCUUUCGUUGUAUGCUGUCUUGACCAGUACCGACCAUUCAAUACCUGAGAAUCACAAGAUGCCCAACACCAAGACCGUUCACGUCCCCCAUCUGGGCGGCAUCGACGCCGCGUACCAGAUGCCUCACCCCUAUGACGCGUCCAAGCCGACAUUGAUCCUCGUCAACAGCUUCACCACCUCGUCUGAGCUCUACCGAAAACAGUACGCCAACAAGGCGCUCACGGACAAGAUGAACCUUUUGGCUAUCGAACUGCUCGGCCAUGGCCAGACACGCACCAAGUCUGAGAACUUUACAUACUGGGACACCGCGAUCAUGAACAUCCAGGUCAUGGACGCGCUUGGCAUCAAGAAGGCCUUCGUCCUGGGCACAAGCCAGGGCGGGUGGAUUACGGUGCGGAUGGCGCUGUUGGCGCCCGACAAAAUCCAGGGCAUCAUCCCCCUCGGCACCUCGCUGGACUACGAGUCCGAGCGCACGCGCAAGCUCGGCUGCUGGGACGGCGUCGCCGCCUGCACGGGCCCCAUCGACAAGUGGACGAGCAAGACCCCGACGCCCGACUUCCAGCCCGACUUCGAGUACUGCGACUUCCUGAUCGACAUCGGCUUCGGCAAGAACUGCCCGCAAGAGACGCGAGACUUCUGGCGCAAGACCAUCCAGGCGAACUACCAGGGCGACGACGGCCGCCGACGCGCGCGCAUGGCCGCGAUCAAUCUGCGCGAACGAGACGGCCUGCACGGCCGGUUGUUCGACGUCAAGUGUCCGGUCAUGUGGCUACAUGGUUCAGACGACGUUGUCUACAGCGUGGCCAAUGCCGAGCAGGAGAUCAAGCUCUUCGUCAACUCGCCGAAGGCAGAAUUGGUCGUGGUGCCCGGCGGCGCACACUUCUUGUCCGCCUCGCACCCGAAGGAGGUCGACAACGCGCUGAUUGCGUUUGUGGGCAAGUAUGCCUGAACUCGAAUGCGAGAGUCAUCGUGAAGACGGAACAGAGUACGCGGAAGCCAUCUUUACUGGCGCCCCUCCUGUAGCUAGUCCGCUCACCGGUUUCUGUGAUCGAGUUUGUCCCUCGUAUGUACGAUGUAUUCCCGAACCAUAAAAGCUCUUUGACCUGGAAAUUGCC